AUGCAAACAACAAUUAAAGGGAAUGUUGUCAAAGGAUUUCAAAGAGGAAGAACUAUAGGAUACCCUACAGCAAAUAUUAAUCCAACAAUUGAAUUAGAACAAGGAGUUUAUUAUGGACAAGUUAAAUUAAUGGGAAAAGUUUAUCAUGCAGCAAUUUCAGUUGGAAAAAAUCCAACAUUUUGUUUAAAAAAUAUUGUUGUAGAAGUUCAUAUUUUUGAACAAUUUAAAGACGAAUUUUAUGGAGAAGAAAUUGAAGUAAAAAUAAUGAAAUUUUUAAGAGGAAUGAAAAAAGUAAAUGGAAUUGAUGAAUUAAAGAAAAUGAUUAGUAAUGAUUGUAAUAUUAUUGAAAAUGAAAUAAUUCCAAAUACCCCAUUAAUUAAUAUAACUGACUUUUAA